AUGAGCAACAUUCCACCCUCUCAACACCCACCCUAAGCACCAUAACCAGGUCCAUACUAAUAACCUACAUUCUAACCAGGCUUCGCUCCAUAAUAUGCUCCUGCACCAGUUGCUUAUGGACCUCCUCUUACCCAAUCCCCAUUGAGAUAUUCACAACCCCUUUACCAAGCACCAGUCGUUCAACAACCAGUGUAUGCUCAACCAGUCGUUUAACAACCAGUAUACACUCAACCAGUUGUUCAAUAACCAGUCUAUGCUUAACCAGUUGUCUAACAACCAGUCUAUGCUUAACCAGUUGUCUAACAACCAAUUGUCACACAAUCAAUCGUUGCUCAACCUCAACCAGUUGUUGCUGCAUAACCAAUCCAAGGAGAAAGCAGAAUUGAAUAUGUCCCAUAUGAAAAGACAGUCAUAGAAUACGAGGAAGUCAGAUAAAAGAUUUAAGUUCCAAAAGAAAAAUAUGUUACAGAUUAUUAUGCAGUGGAAUACCAAACUGAAUAUGUUCCAUAAGUAUUCUAAGAAAAAUUCACAGAAUACGUCCCUGUUGAUAGAUAUCAAGAAAGAGUCGAAUACUAUCCAGUUGAAAGAUAAGUUGUUCACUAACAAGUCUAACCAGUCCAAUAAGUUGUUGCCUAACCAGUUGUCUAAUAACCUGUCUAAUACGUUUAACAACCAGUUCAAGUUGUUCAACCAUAACCAGUUCAAGUUGUUUAACAACAGCCAGUCUAUUAACAACAACCAGUUUAUUAACAACCAUUGGUCUAAUCCAUUCCAGUUUAGACUGUUCGCCCACCAGUUUAUGGACCAGCAACAACCCUUCCUUUGGGUUAGACUGUAUCACCAAGACCUCUUGGUACCACUGUCCCAGCUAAACCAUUAGAUAAAACUUAAGGCCCCAAAUAACCAGCCCAAUAAUAGAACAAACAAAAGAGCUUUUUGGAUAGAUUAUUUGACAGAGAUUGAAAUGGAUUAUGAAUAUUUUUAUAAUGCACAAAUAAAAUUUAAAAUUUUGAAUUUUGGCAUC